AUAUACCCAUAUUUCACAAUUAUGGCAUGUUUUACAUAUGAAAUUGAGGGACAUUAGACAUGUGCUUCCGACCUUUGGUCCGCUUUUUAUUCUUCAUAAAGGUCUUCGGCUGUAUCUCUCUUUCGAAUCUUCUAUUCUUUCAGAGGAUCCUGCAUGCGCAAUAUGCAUGUCCCCCUUAUUGGGCUUCAGACUGCUUUAUAAACCCCGCUUGGGUCACCACAUAGUCAUAUCUGUUGCAGACAGGGAGACAGAAGCCUAUAAUUGCUGCACAACACAAAUAAUCUGCCUUUGUAGCUCUGCUUUUAUUUCCUCAGGGUGCUAUGUGGAAAGUUGUGCUUCUGGCUGUGUGUCUGCUGGCAAAUGAAGUUCACACCAUGGACAACCCAUUGUAUGGCGUCAAGCUCUGUGGUCGUGAGUUCAUUCGAGCAGUCAUCUUCACUUGUGGUGGCUCACGAUGGAGACGAUCGCUCAGGACUUCAGCAGAAGACCUAAUCAGCUCCCAUCAAGAUUCCUCAGAGGAACUGAGUCACAAUCCUGUGAUGGAGAGUAUACGCUACAGAAACAGAGAUCUGGAUUUCCUAUCAAGUGAAAACCAAGAGAGAAUUUUCAGCCGGCCAACUCGUUCUUUUAUCACAGAGGAGAUUCUCGAAGCCCUGCGGAAGGCAGAUCGCAAGGGCCGGGAAGUGGUUUUGGGUCUUUCCAAUGCAUGCUGCAAGUGGGGCUGCAGCAAGAGUGAGAUCAGCUCCCUUUGCUGAGAACUGAACACAACAAUCGCACAAACAGACAUGCAUAACAGUACAUCAUUGUGAAAUUAUCAUUAAUAUUAAACACAUCAAUGUAAACGGUAAUUUUUUUCUUAUGAAACUUUGGCCAUUUUAUAUCAUUGUAAAAACAUUAACUUAACAGUUUUAUUUGUCAGAUGGAUGAAUUCUACUAGAACUGUCAUGGUACAUGUUUGUUCCAUAUGGCAUUCAAUGCUUUGAUAACACAUUUUUGUGAACACUGUGUCCCAAAACACUUAAUAAAUGCUUUCUUUGUGUUACCA